GGAAGCAGUUGUUGAUUUUUUGUUAGCUCAAAAAUGCACUGCCAUUAAAGAAGUGGAUUUACAUCUCCAGCUUUGCCAUGGUCAUCCUUUUCAAGUCUCACAUCACUCUGCGGUGAAUCGCUAACCAGUGUUUUCUUCAACUUUUACUAUUACCAUGAAGUCGAGAUUACGCCUUGUAAGAUCCUUCUACACUGCCCUAACUUCACCAAGCUCCAGUAUAUCAGCGCUGCAAUGUAUGGCCCGCUGAUGGAUGAUCCAACGGCAUAUGCUGAACUCGAGCACCGUAGCCUACUGGAUCUUACACUCCACAUAUACCACCCCGACGGCCGAUUCAAGUUGAAUACGAUUCUUUUUGCGACGCCACGCCUCCGACGACUGCGCCUCAAUCUCCAAUGCAUGAAAAAUGGUGCAUCAGGACUACCAUCCCUCCUGACCGAACAUUGCCCGAAUCUUACCACUCUCGUGCUAGCAAGUUGCGAUACUGGAGCAGCACUCGUCUCGCACGGUAACGACUUAGAAUGGAACUUCGAUACAAGCACUAGUAUUACAGACAACAACAGCGAUCCUAAAAAUACAGCUAUCACCAAAAUACGACAUCUUGUACUGCACGAUCCAUUGGGCAUAUACUUUAAAAUCAUUUGCGAUAUUUUACGACGGCUUAUCCCGCUGUGUCACUAUACUCUACAAACGUUGGAUCUUGUGGGGACGCACACUCUUCAUGGCUCUAUAACCAUGACGUGGCUUUCAAAGGACUGCACUUUUCGAUCCCUACAAAGACUCAGUCUUGCCAGAGAUCGUAUAAAGAACAUGAUAACCUUCAACGAUUUUGAUUUUGAGGCAUUUGCUGAAAGCGGCUCUGCAUCUGGAUUGAAAUCACUCAAGCUACAACGUCUCGAUAGCGAUUUUUUGAAGAUUGUUUCACUUGCUGCACACAUGCAGUCUUUACGUGAGCUGCACUUUGAAGAUUGUCCUCAAAUCUCCUCAAAAACCUUGACCGCCUUUUUUUCUGAGCUAUCUGUGGCGCAAACAGGUCAGAUACAACAACAAAAGCAGCUUGUCAAAGUGACCUUGCGGGAUAUGCAGUGGGUGGAUUCCAGAGUCGUCCACGAUAUCCUCGAUGAUUUCGGCGUUGGCUUGGAAGAACUUGUUAUCCAGGAAUGCGACUACGUGGAUUUCGACGUUGUCAAACAUUUAUGCUUGGAUGACGACCUACCUGUCGACAAGAAUGCCCAACAUCUCAAGCGAUUGGAUUUAAUACUGGUGUACCACAAUCCCAUGUACUUCUGCCCGUCUCAACCAUCUAGAAAAAUAAUUGUGUAUCCGGAUUCGAACAGGAUUCAAAAGGCUCUUUACAAGUUGGACGCAGAGUGUCUUGAAUGGCGACUGGAGCUGAAUGACUUUACACAGCACGGAUGGGAACCUUAUGCUCAAGUUUUUGACCACAACACGUACCGGCAGCAUAAGGUGGCAUCAAGCAUCAAAACAAUGAAGUAAAACCCAAAGGAAAAGGAAAAAAAAACAAUCAAAGCAGCAAAAGCAAAAGAAGGCCAUUGCCGGCACUGCUACUAUUACUGUUUCAAUAAUAACAGAAUUGCUUAUCCA